UCUUCCUUCAGGACAGGAGAGCUUUAACUCCCGGUCCUUGGCCAUGCAAGCCCAGAAGAAAAUCCUAAGCAAGAUGGCGACCAUGGCUGUGGCUAACAUGCUUACAGAUGACACCAGUAGUGAGAUCCUUGAUGAGCUUUACAAAGCAAGUCGUGAAUUCACCAAGAGCAAAAAAGAAGCACACAAGAUCAUCAAGGACGUGAUCAAGAUUGCCCUAAAGAUUGGCAUCUUGUACCGCAACCACCAGUUCAAUCCUGACGAGUUGGACACAGUGGAGCGUUUCAAGAAGAAGAUGAACCAGGCAGCCAUGACGGCGGUGUCAUUUUACGAGGUGGAUUAUACAUUUGACAGGAAUAUUCUGGCGGAGCUCCUGCUGGAGUGCAGGGACCUGCUUCACGCCCUGGUCGAGGGGCACCUGACCGCACGCUCACAUGCGCGCAUUGAUCACGUUUUCAACCAUUUCGCCAAUGGGGAUUUCCUGGUUGAGCUGUAUGGGGACGGAGAGGAGUACAGACUCUCUCUGAGGAAGAUCUGUAAUGGCAUCAACAAACUGCUAGAUGAAGGAACACUUUAACCUUUAACAACUCUCUCUCACCUCUACAACUCAUUCUCUCCUUGCUCCUUUUCUUGCUGGUGUCUCCUGCCUUAUUUCAUUUCCUUUUUACCUGCCCACCCCUGACAGCAAACAUCCUCCCUGUUCCUUAUCUCGCUCGUCUUCCUGUUUCUUCUCCAUCUAUUUUCAUGGAGGUUUAUGUAACAUCCUGUUGCAAUGGUUCAGUCUUUUAGACUGCAUCUUCACUCAGUGGAUCUUUGCAACAUACCGGGGUACUAUGUUUCACAAUGUUUGCAUCAUACAUCCCUUUCUGUGCUAAAGUGUACUGUACCACAGCCAAAAAUCUGUAGUAGGAUGUUUAUGAAGGAUAAUCAGUCAUAGAAAGCAGUCUCUGUGUGUUUUGAAUGUUUUCAAACGUAUGCAAUUUGCUUGAAUAAUGUUGUGAACACUCUGUCAUGGUAUGCUUGUUAUUAGUCUGUGUCUUCUCAAAAAGGGUGAUAGCACUUGUCUUUUAUUAAAGAUUUCUUUAAAUCAG